AAAGUAGAAACAGUGAUAGAGAGAGAAAGAUAGCACUCCACCCCAGAAAACACAAGUAACAAAGAGUGUUUCCCACAGAAAACAUAAGCAACAAAGAAUCACAUUCAUGGCUUCCCCCCUUUACUUCAACAACUAUUUGGAGCUUAAUAAGCCACGGAUCCAGAAAGAAAAGGACAAGCUUUGAGGCUGUUCUUCAAGUGGCUCUUCUUUUUUUCUUUAUUUUUCUUGAACAAGCAAAAAAGAAGAAUCACACUCAUGGCUUUCUUCCUUCACUGCUGCUGUUUGGAGCAUAACAAGCCACAGAUCCAGAAAGAAAAAGACAAGCUUUAUGGAUGUUCAAGUUUUCAUCUUUGGAACCCUGUGUGUGAGUUAGUGUCCAUCACCAGUUUUGAAUAUCCCACCAAAAUUCCGACCCUUCUUGCAUCCCAAAAUUUCACCUUUCUGAACUUUAGCAUCUGAGUCUGCUUCAUUUUCCAAGUCCUGUUUGUUUCUGGUUCUGGUUCUGGUUCUGUAGGCCAACCCCAUUUGUUCAAAAACACCUGCUUUCAAACCGGUUUCGAACAAAGGUGCUAACUUUUGAAGAAACUGGAGUCUUUUGGGGUGGUUGGGUUUGUGGGCACUUGAAACUCUUGUUAGUUAACUUUCUUAGAUGAAGGCCAUGCCCUUUCCUUUUGAGGAGUUUCAAGGGAAGGGAGUGUUGGAUUUUUCUUCAGGCUCAGAUUCACUUUCAUUGCUUUUGCAUCAUCCACAACCAAAGUGGACCAUAGACAAAGAGGAUUAUUGCUAUGUGGGCAGCACUGAGCCCACCUCAGUUCUUGACUCCAGAAGAAGCCCAAACUCUUCCACCAUGUCCUCUUCCCUUGGCAGCAGCAACACCAUCAGCAAGGGUGGCAGUGGUGGUGGUUCAACCAAUAACACCACUUGUUACACCCCAACCCUUUCUCACAACCCUCCUCAGACACCAUUGGAAACCGCCACAGAAAAAUGUGGACUCAGAAUGGAGGACUGGGAGACCCAAGAUCAAUCAAUUCUCAGACUAAUCAUGGCAGAUGCCGAAGACCCUUCUGUAGGGUUGAGCAAGCUCUUCCAGGGCACUGCCUGUGGCUCUCACCAAACCCUUGAUUUCAAUGCAGGUUUUGGCGUUGUGGAUCAAGGGUUGAAUAUGGUAAGCAUUGUUGAUCCUUCAGGGAAUAAUUACCCUGCUUUCCCUUUCAUUGCUGAGAAUAUAGAUAACAAGACUGCUUCUUUGUCUGUUGGAGAAUCAAUGUUUUCUGUUUCUGGUAACAAUUCUCUGUUGUUGUCCACAUCUCCUUGUGGGUUUAACUCUCAGCAGCAAGUGAUUGGAGAGGUGGAUGAGAAGCCUCAAGUCAUCAAUCCCCAGUUUGAGUUAAACCAGACCCAAGUUCAAUUCUCUGAGAACAACCCUUCUUUCUUUGUGCCAAUGAUGUAUCCCCAAUUGCAGGAACAGCAAGUUUUCUCUCAGCAUCCACCAAAACGCCCUGGUUUUGAGCCUUCUGGGCACAGUUUUCAGGCUCCAAGGUUGCCCCUUUUGGAUUCUGGACAAGACAUGUUUGGUCGGAGGCAACAAACACAGCUUCCAUUGUUUCCUCACCACAUGCCACCACAGAUUGUGCCAUCUGCUAAACCGCAGAAGGCUAGUUCCACCGGAGAAGAUGCAAGCCAGCAGCUUCAGCAGGCUAUAUUUGACCAGUUAUACAAAACUGCUGAGCUGAUAGAAGCUGGGAAUCCGGUUCAUGCGCAAGGGAUAUUGGCGCGGCUCAAUCACCAGCUCUCCCCAAUUGGUAGGCCUUUUCAGAGGGCUGCUUUCUACAUGAAAGAGGCUUUGAUGUCUCUGCUUCAUUCAAAUCCUCACAACAAUGUCUUGGCUUUCUCACCCAUCACUUCCAUUUUCAAAAUCGGAGCAUACAAGUCCUUUUCUGAGAUUUCACCAGUCAUUCAGUUUGCCAACUUCACCAGCAACCAAGCCAUCAUUGAAGCCUUGGAAAGGUUCGAUCGGAUUCACAUCAUCGAUUUUGAUAUUGGGUUUGGAGUUCAAUGGUCUUCUUUCAUGCAAGCACUUGCCAUGAGGAGUAAUGGUGUGCCUUCCCUCAAAAUCACUGCCAUUGUGUCUCCCCUCUCUUAUGAUGAGUUUGAGCUCAAUGUGACUCAAGAAAAGUUGAACCAAUACGCCAAAGACAUCAACAUGUCUUUUGAGCUCAAUGUCUUGAGCAUCGAGUCACUGAGCUCUCCCUCAUGUCCUCUCUCUGUUCAGUACUAUGAUAAUGAAGCAACUGCUGUGAACAUGCCACUUUCCUGCUUCACAAACUACCCUACAUUGUUUCCCUUGGUCCUUCGCUUUGUGAAGCAGCUUAGGCCAAAAGUUGUAGUCACUCUUGACAGAAAUUGUGACCAAUUGGAUGCACCAUUUUCCACCAACAUAGUCCAUGCUCUCCAUUGUUACUCAGCCUUGCUUGAAUCACUUGAUGCUGUGAAUGUGAACCUCGAUGUCCUCCAAAAGAUUGAAAAACAUUUCAUCUUACCAGCCCUUAAGAAAACCAUAACAUGCCCCCUCCGUUCACAGGAAAAACUACCUUCUUGGAGGAACAUGUUUCUUCAAUAUGGCUUCUCUCCAUUCACAUUUAGCAACUUCACUGAAGCUCAAGCUGAGUGCUUGGUGCAGAAGGCACCUGUGAGGGGAUUCCAAUUGGAGAGAAAGCACUCAUCUCUUGUUCUUUGCUGGCAGAGGAAAGAACUCAUCACAGUUUCAACUUGGAGAUGCUGAACUAAUUAUUAUUACCUUAUAUUUUUAAAGGUGCUUGCUUCAUAACUCACUACCUAGUUUAUGUAAUUUCUUAUGUAUUUAGGCUUUUCAAUGAGAUUCACCACCCAUCUAGAUUCUAAUAUUCUACAGUUGUGUGUUGCUUACCUCUUUAAAUAUUUCACAUUUCUAUAUUGUCUAAGGAUUGGUGAGUUUCAUGGUUGUUGUCUUGAGGGCAAAGCAAAUUGCUUUGGAAGAAAAGAACUAUUUAGCCAAAAAGGGUGGUGACUGUGUUCAUCUCCAUGCUUUGGCUUUGUCUUGUUUGGUGAUGAUUACUGUAUUAGGCGCUGAAUUUGGCAUACAUGAUCUUAAUGUGUAGCAUGAACAUCUUGUGCCAAUUUUAUGUAUAUAUAUGCAGGUAUUUUGUUAUAGCAUUUAAUCUAGUUAACUUU